GUCUCCAGUGAAGAAGGAGGAGGAGGAGGGAGGGAGGAGAAGCAGGAGGAGGAGGAGGAGGAGGGUACCAUUUUGUCACAGGCUGCUAUGUAGAUUAACCUUUCAAUUAGUUGUUAUCAACUGCUCUCCAUGCUAGCUCUGCACCUCGGAUAUGCUUUUUUGUUUUUUUUCUUUUUCUCCUCUCCCCCCUCCUCCUCCUCCUCCUCCUUUGAAUCAUUUCACCAUCAUGAAGACAAGAGGACUCUCGGAAAAACUUGAGGAGAUUUAAUGUUGGACUCAAGUAGACACAGCCCAAGUGGUGGAAUUUUAUUAGUGCCAACUUUUCCCCCAGUUGUCUUACACCCGGGAUUGUUGUGGAACGUACCUUUUUGACUUUCUCGUCAAGGAUGUGGAUGUACCCAGUGCUCGCCAGCAGCAAGUGGGGAUCUGUAUGGAUUAUCGCGUUCUUGUGAGUGUCCUUUUUCAGCCAUGGUCAAACUCGCAAACCCUCUCUACACGGAGUGGAUUCUCGAGGCAAUACAGAAAAUCAAGAGGCAAAAGCAGCGUCCCUCAGAGGAGAGGAUUUGUCAUGCGGUGGCCACAUCGCACGGACUGGACAGGAAGACUGUAUUGGAGCAGUUGGAUUUAAGCGUUCAUGACGGCUCUAUUCUUAAGGUUACCAAUAAGGGGAGCACUUCGUACAAGGACCCGGGGAACCCAGGGAGAGCCGGAUUGAUCCCGCCAGCUCCCGUUGUGUCCGUGCCAUCAAAGGAAUCUAUAUGGAAUCCCGGCGAUCUCCGCCACGUUGAUUGGAAUAAGAUACUUCGGAGGGCCAUUGGGGGCCUGGAUGAUUUGCACGGCUCGUCGCUGAAGAACAUCGAGAGGUACCUGAGGAACCAGGAUGACCUCACGGAAGUUGCAGACAACCCGGCUUUCCGUCAGAGGUUGCGGCUGGCGGCAAAGCGGUCGGUUAACAGUGGCCGGUUGUUGAAGAACGGGCCGCGGUAUCAGCUCGGGCAUCCCGGCGCCGAGGGGAGGGUCCCAAGGUGCCCGGGUGCGUCCCCUUUGGUGUUGUCGACGGUGACGCUGCUCCCCCAUGAGCGAGAACAGCUCCGGGUCGACCCCAUACCAAUAUGCAGUUUCUGUCUCGGCACUAAAGAGUCCAAUCGGGAUAAGCAUCCCGAGGAUCUUCUGUCUUGCUCAGACUGUGGGAGCAGCGGGCAUCCGUCAUGUCUGAAGUUCUCCCCCGAGUUGGCCUCAAAUGUGAAGCGAUUACGCUGGCAAUGCAUUGAAUGCAAAACCUGCAGCACCUGCAGAAGACAGGGGAAAAAUGCCGAUGAGAUGCUCUUCUGCGAUUCAUGUGAUAGGGGCUUUCACAUGGAAUGCUGUGACCCACCGCUUUCAAGAAUGCCAAAAGGAACCUGGGUCUGCCAAGUUUGCCGGCCCAAGGAGAAUGGAAAGAAACUGCUCCACAGGAAAGCUGACGAGAUCAAACGUCGAUAUGCAAAGCCGAUCGGAAGGCCCCGGAAUAAUCUCAAGCAAAGAAUGUCUCUAACCGGUGGUGAUGGUUCCAUGGUGGCACUAGGCGGAAGGGGGUCACCUGGUAGGGGUCAAAAGAUUACAGUCUGUACCACACCCUCAUCCGGUCAUGCUGUAUCUGUGAAGGACGCCAGAGACAGAUUGGCUGUUACAGACGCCACCCAAUUCACCACCUCCACCCCCACCACCACCACCACCACUCCCCCCCUCCUCACGCCCUACACCACCGCAGCUACGCUCCCAGUUAACAAGAAAACCAAAGGGCUCAUCGAUGGGCUUUCCAAAUUCUUCACCCCUUCCCCCGUGGGGCGCCGCUCGCGAGCCGUCUCCGUAGAGUCGCCCGGCAAGCGUUUAGGCUCUAGGGACGAGGGUCCGCCCGAGCUGACGCCGCCGCCGCCGCCGCCAGAUACCGGUCACAAGAUAGCCCCCUCGUCUGCACUUCCUCCCGCACCAACGUCACCGGGAUUUAGCCCGCCCUCGCAGGUGUCCAGCAGCUCCACCUCCGCUAACUCGCCCCAGAGCUCUUCCAGCCAGUCUAGUGUUCCUUCCCUGAGUAGCCUCUGCAAUAGCAGCCAGCUAAAGGGACUAUUUGACGGACUCUCGCACAUUUACACCACUCAGGGACAGUCGCGGAAAAAGGCGCUACCUUGCUACGCGCCGCCCAGGCGCGCGCACCGAAAGCGGGACUCCAAAUCGGGGCCGCAGCGCCUCGGAAAGAGCGAGUUUAAUAAAAACAGGCUGAGCUCCACCUCUGCCGGGCCGGGCCGACCCAGAGGACACCCCUUUAAGUUGGUCGGCCAUUUCAAACGCAACCCCUUCCUUAAAAAGCACCGGACUCUAGGCAGGCUGAGGUAUAAAGUGAGCCCCCACAAGGGAGCCCCCUCCCCAGGAAAGGGCGACUUGACAGACGGAAGAAUUAAGCCAGAGAAUAAUCACGGCCACAAUGUGGAGUUGCGAGUGAAGCGGGAAGCCACCACCACCAGCUUGGCAGCCAUGUCCAGAGACCACGUGACGGAUGAGGACAUUGAGACCUUCACGCAGGUCCAGAAAGCCGCUUCACAGAGAACCGGAUAUCAAAUGAGCGUAGACUCAAUGCGUUGUCCAGCCGUCAUCGAGUUUGGGAAGUAUGAAGUUCAAACCUGGUAUUCCUCACCUUACCCGCCGGAGUAUUCAAGAUUACAAAGGCUUUAUCUAUGCGAGUUCUGUCUGAAAUACAUGAGAAGCAAAAACAUCCUCCAGAGGCACACAAAGAAGUGCGGCUGGUUCCACCCGCCAGCCAAUGAGAUCUACAGGAAGGACGACCUCUCGGUCUUUGAGGUUGAUGGAAAUGUCAGCAAGCUGUUCUGCCAAAACCUCUGCCUGUUAGCCAAGCUUUUCCUGGAUCACAAGACCUUGUAUUACGACGUGGAGCCUUUCCUCUUCUACAUACUCACAAAGAACGACAAGAAAGGCUGUCAUCUCGUGGGCUAUUUUUCCAAGGAAAAGCUUUGCCAGCAGAAGUACAAUGUCUCCUGCAUAAUGAUCCUGCCUCAGUACCAAAGGCAAGGAUUUGGACGCUUCCUUAUUGAUUUCAGUUACCUUCUCACCAGGCAAGAAGGACAAGCCGGCUCCCCGGAGAAGCCGCUGUCAGAUCUGGGUCGCUUAUCCUACCUGGCAUAUUGGAAAAGUGUCAUCCUGGAGUACCUCUAUAAGCACCCAGAUAAACACGUCAGUGUUAAAGGAAUAAGCAGGGCCACUGGGAUGUGUCCGCACGACAUCGCCGCCACGCUGCAGCACCUCGGCAUGAUUGACAGACAGGACGGACGGGUGGUGCUGAUCAGGAGAGAGCGGCUAAUCCAGCGACACGUAGAGAGGCUGAGAGCCAAACCCCGCCAGCCCGAGGUGGACCCCGACGCCCUGCACUGGACGCGAUCCACGUCGCUAAAUGCUGUCCUGUCCGAGGAGGAGCGUGAGGCGGAGAUGGAUGCUGAGCGACUGAAAGAGCAGGCCAGUUGCUGGGAGAAAGAAGAACAAGAGAGCCACGUGAUGACUCACGGCCGCAGGCAGUCGCUCACCAAGGUGCACUGUAAGGUGCCCUACAGGACGUACGAGCGGCGCCACGCACCGCCAUGGAGCCGACGCAUACAGCAGCCGCAGAACAUAAGCGAUGAUGAUGAUGAUGAUGAUGUUGAAGCGGAGCAUGACGCCGACUCUGAUGCCUCACCGCCUGUCCUGACAAAGGCUCGUGUGAUGCUAGCGGCUAAGAGAAAGAGGAGCAUCAUGCUGAAGAAGAGGGGGCGUAAGCGAAGGAGAAUAAACAGCAGCGUGACAACCGAGACCAUUUCUGAGACAACCGAAGUGCUGAAUGAGCCCUUUGACAACUCUGAAGACGAGUGUCCAAUGCCGCUGUUGGAGCGCACCUGCAGAGUGGGCGAGAUGGACCAGGAAGAAGAGGAGGAAAAAGUGGCGGAUAUGAUCACACCUGUGAAACGCAGACGAGGUCGACCGAGGCUGAAGGAGAAGAUGCAGCGUGACAAUCUUCAGCACUGGAAUGAAGGUGCUGAUGUCUCCAAGACACCCAGCAGACCUCGUCCUGUGAAGCGAAAGAAAGGUUGGCCCAAAGGCGUCAAGCGAGGCCCUCCUAAGUGGCGGUUAAAGAAUGAGCGCAGAAUGGGUUUCAAGCUGAACCUUUACACGCCGCCCGAAACACCCAUGGAGGCGGAGCACCACCACAUUCAAGCCGAGGAAGCGCACGACGGCAGCAGGGCGGCCAGACGCUCCUCCCGCCCGCAUUUCACGUCACGCAGCCUCUACUCGGAACCCCCGAGCCCGUCUGAUCAUCAGAAGUUCAGCUCCCCCGCCGGCUCGCAGGUGGCCUCUUCGGCGUGCUCCCCCGCCGCCUCGCCGGUGGCUGCAUCAUCACCCAGACACGACGAUGGAGGCGAGUCGCCAGAGCCUCAAGAAGAUGACCGUCAAAGCGAGCACGAGAUGGACUCCCCAACCAAAGAUCACAGCACAGAAGUCGCCGCGUCGCCGGAUAAUCACAAUGACGAGAUGCAGACGACGCAAGAUCAGGAUGAUGAUGACGGGAAGGCGGAGGAGCCCGAGCGCUGCCAAAUCGAGGCUGAGGAACGUGCAAAAGAAAUUCCCGAAUGCACCCAACGUUUUUUAGACCCAGAAGAAGGCGGUGACGGUGCAUCGGGACAGCAGCUUUCUAACGUUCGGCCCGCUGAAGAAGAAUCGGUUCCUCCUGCAGAUAGCAUUCAAGAUGAAGGCGCCGAAAUGAAAGCGGCAUCGCCUCCUCCUGCAACGGAAGCGCUCUCCUCAGUAGCAGCUGUGGACUCCGAUAACCCUGUUGAGUCCGAGUCAGAAGAAGAACGUGCACCCAGUCCGGGCCGGGUGCCUCCUCCACCUCCUCAGAGGCCGCCGAUCAGUCCCGUGCUCAGAGACGACCCUUCGAUCUGUGCAGAGAUCGACUCCGAGACCGCCCAGGCAGUUCAGUCUCUGACGCAGGAGAGCGAGCGCGACACCGUGUUCCAGGACUGUGUGGAGACCCAGGAAGCAUGCAGGAACUUGCACACGUACGCCCCCGUCACCCCGAUGGAGGACUGCCCCCAGUCGGACCACAGCAGCCCACUUUCGUCGGUACACUCGCAUCCCAGCCAGUCGGUGCGCUCUGUCAACAGCCCGGCUGUGUCCAUACUGGAGACGGGCUACACGCAAAUCAGCCCCGACCACAGCGCCAUCUCCGUGCCCUCCAUCCACAACAUGGAGACCAGCCCCAUGAUGGAUGUGCCGUCUGUGUCGGAUCACUCGCAGCAGGUGGUCGACAGCGGCUUCAGCGACCUGGGCAGCAUCGAGAGCACCACCGAGAACUACGAGAAUCCCAGCAGCUACGACUCGACUAUGGGCGGCAGCAUCUGUGGCGCCGGCCCCUCCCAGGGCGGCUGCCCCUACGGGGGGAUGCCACAAAGCGGCCUGGCCCAGAGCAGCUGCGCCGUGAGCCAGCAAAUGGCCGCCGUCAACCCGGGAAGCUGCGGUAUGAUUCAGCAGAACGCCCUGAGCUCGCCGCCGCACUGCAACGUCAAGUCCCCGCAGGGCUGCGUGGUGGUGGAGCGGCCCCCCAGCACCAGCCAGCACAGUCAGCGCGCCACGCACGGCCAACACAACUCCCACAGCAGGCACGGCCCUCACAAUCAGCAAGGCCAACACAAUCAGCACGGCCCUCACAAUCAGCUAAGCCAGCACAGUCAACACAAUCCCCACAGCCAACAUGGCCACCACCACCACAAUCACCACCUGCAGCACAAUCAGCUGAGCCAGCACAAUCACCACGCACCGCACAACCUUCACAAUCAGCAGGACGCCGCGCCGCAGUGCGCCAUCCCCGCCAACUUUGCCACCACGAUGCAGGUGGCCGACAUCCCCGAAUCCGGCAACCCCAACUUCGCUCUCUAUGAGAGAAUCAACCACCAGGGGGAAUACGGCGGCGGGCACUACCCGCAGUCGUCGGGGCUCAGUCUCGCCAAGCUGCAGCAGUUCACCAACACGUUCAUGGAGCACCCUCACUCGCUCUCCUUCAACCACUCGGCGUCGCACCCCAUCACGUCGUAUGCCAACACCCCCUCGCUGUCGUCGCAGCACUCCAGCCUGGUGUCUCUGUCUCAGACGCCGCAUCGAGUCCCCAACCCCCAGGUGCAGGCCACCAUGACCCCGCCCCCCAACCUCAGCUCCCCGCCGGCGGCCAUGAUGCUGCCGCGCAACAUGAGUAUCCCGCCCGCUCAGCGCAUCCAGUCCCAAAUGGCGCCCAAGAGUCACGUCAUAUCGGCGCGCUCCAAGUCGGCCCCGCUGUCGCACCACCACCACCCCCAUCACCACCCCCACCACCAUCACCACCAGCAGCAGAUGUACACUCGGCCGUCGCAGACCGUCGCCAUGCAGGCGUCGCCCGGGACGCUUGCCGCCAUGCCGCGCAUGAACAUGAGCGUCAACAUCAUGCCCGCCCCGGCCUACAACUCCAUGAACAUGUCGUCGCUCAACGCCAUGAACGGCUACGGCAUGAGCCAGCCCAUGAUGAACAGCGGCUACCAUGGCAACCAUGCCUACAUGAACCAGUCGCCCCAGUACUCUAUGCAGAUGGGCAUGAUGGGAACGCAGCCAUACCCCCAGCAGCCCAUGCAGGCUCCGCCACAUGGCAACAUGGUGUACACUCCGGCUGGUCACCAUGGUUACGUGAACACGGGCAUGUCCAAGCAAUCGCUGAAAGGGCCUUUCAUCAGGCGGUAACCCUGAUGCACUGAUCUGGCCUUCUGUUUUUCUUUUCGCGCGCGUGUGUGCUCUCCGAUUUUCAUUUGAUUUGUUCUUAAAGCGACGAAACCAGCAGCAGCACUUGGAAAGAAUGCAAACAUUUUCAUCCACUUUAAAGCUAAUGUUUUCAAACCAAUUUAAAGAGAAAGUAUUUUUGUUCCUCUCGAGACGGGAAAGCCUUACGUCGUAGUGAUGACGAUGACGACAUUUUAUUUAACGAGGCGGGUUUCCGAGGCUCCCGAGGUUGGGCGUCAUCAGUGCUCUUGCAGUCGUGUAGCAGCCUCCACUCAAGCCAUUUAAUGUGCCUGCUGCAAGUGGAACCUGUUCAGUGUACCUGUCUAACAGUGCUGACAAUUAGUUUGUACGAUAUUCAUUGCCUUUGUAUAUUUAAAUUAUUGUACGUAUUUUGUAAAGUGGCAACUCUAGCAUGCUUGGGUCUCCGUUAGUGACAGUGCAUUGAGUACUACUGUACAAGUGUCGUGCUUAAUAGCCAAGCCAUUUUAAAGAUAUCGGGCCUUUCGUUAGGUUUUCCCUGCAAAGGGAGAAAGAUGAAACUAUAUUUUGUUAAUUCUAAUAAUGUACAAAAAAAAAACCCCACAACAUAUGUAAACUUUAGUCCUGUUUUCUGUUGCGCUUUGAGAGGAUUUAUCGCUAUAUGUAUGUAUAAUUCUGAAGUCUUUUUGUAACAGAUCUCCUUCAGGCAGCUUUCUGUUUAAUAAAGCAGACUGAUUUCUGUCCAAAUAUUCAAGUGCUUGUUUGUACUCUAAAUUUCAAAACUAAAUGCUGAUAGAAUAAUAAAAAAAAUGUAGUCCAAAGUCGCUGUUUUGCAUAAGGUUUUACAUGCAUGUAACGUCUUUCAUAAUUUUACCCUGAAGAUUCAGAAUGAGACGAGAAUCACAUUUGGAAUCCAGGUAUCCUUUAGCUCAUCUCUUGUUGCUCAUUUUUUUUCUAUUUGCUGACUCUCUUCUUUCCGUCGUUGCAGGAGGAGCUCAUCCAGCGCCCUCAGCUGCUUCAGAAAGCCCCAGUUGGGCAUGAUCCUCCUGCGCGUCUUUACAUGCUCCAUGGCGUCCACCAGCGUCAUAUCCUGGAAGAUCAUCAGGUAGGCGAGGAACAACGUGGCCGAGCGACUCCUCCCCAUCACGCAGUGAACUAGCAGUUUGUCUGCAGGUACACACACAACAGAACUCUAUGCCUUUUGAAUGUAACGCGUGACAAAAAGCUGCAAGGUGCCUGGUAGGCUACAUUGUCGACAAUAAUGCAUUUUGAGUGUAGUUAUUAUGAUUGUUUAUUUUAGUUGCUGCAAGUUGUGAACAUUUUUGCCACUCCUUAUUAACUUAAUUGUAAAAAAUAUAUUUUCUGAGAUGCUGUGACAUGACGUUAAAAAGGUUAUUCAUGCUGGAAAACCCUCCAAUGUGGCUGAAUUACAACAAUUCUGCAAAGAUGGCCGGACCAAAAUUUGCUGUAAGAGACACUCAAUUGCCAUUUUUGCCGCUAAGGGUCCCCCAACCAGUUAUUAGUCUUACAUGGAAUCACUUUUUCCACACAGGGCCAGGUAAGUAAUAAAAAGUUUCAUUUAAAAACAGCAUUUUGUGCUCAAUCGUGUAGUUAUUGAUGAAUAAUACAUAUAAUAUAUACAAUAUAGUGUCUUGGGUAACGUCCUCCGCCCACUUGUAUUACAACAAAAUGACCCCGCCCCAACCUUAAAUUAAUGACUAAUUUUGUAUCGUUAUUAGCUAUUUUUGGGCCCCCUGGCAGUUAGAGGACCUUAGAACUGUCCGGACCGUCCCGUCUUAUAAGGCACCCCUCAUGAAGAAUAAAUUUAAAAAGCAUAAAAUCCAAAUCGGAGCAUUACUGUAUGCUUACAUAAUGUAAAUGCUAAUAACUGCUACAUACUGUAUUGGUUAAAAGGCUCUACUUUACAGUAAAGAACGACUUAUGUACAAAAAAAAAAACUUAACAGCUAAAAAUAGAUUUAAGUGGGACUUCUAAAUCUAUUAUGAUUUUAAAAAAUUAAAAAAAAAUUGUUUAUAGUUCUUCCACAAAAGGUGAUGCAAUUAAAAAUAAUUACAGAACAGAAAAAGCCAGACUAAUUUUUCAAAAGUAAACCCUCUGUGAUCCUCAACUUUGAUACUUUUGUUUCUGUACUUAAAUGUACAGCAAAAAUAUUACCAAACUUGUUUGAAUUUACAGUAAAAAUGAUAAAAAGAAUUGAAUGAAAAAAAAUUAACAAGUAAACAAAAACUCUACAGUCCUUUACUGUAAAAGUAGAUUUAAUUGGUGCUUUAAAAAAAAUAAUCCUAAAAAUAACUUCAUAAAAAAUGUUUCAUAUAAAAAACACCUUCAGGCUCUUUAAUAGUUUUAUGACUUAUCAUUUGAACUUAAUUAGCAUAAAUUUUCUUACUGCGGGGGUCGCUUAGGGCCUCUUGAAUGAACUGUGCUGCAGAGAAAAAAUACUGGCUUAGGUCGAAAGUCGGAGUGUCUGCCGCCAGCACACCGUGGUAGACCACGCCCAUGUCGCUAUAGUAACCGGCUCCCGUGUCCACGUUGUUCCACGUGCCCUCUGCUGCGUUCAAGACAUGCGUAAUUCCCAGGCUCUUCAGCUUCAUCUUAUUCUUUGCCGAGUCCCUGUCAUGGUUGAUGUCGUGUCAGUCCAGUUUUUAUUCCUUUCAGGGGCGUGUUGGUUUACUUACUCGUCACCGAUGUAGACCUGAGGCCACACCUCGCUGCAGGGGGUGUAGGCCGGGCAGCCACGGUUGAGGAUUUUAUCCAGUUCAUAACCGCUGGGUGUCACGUAUUCGUUUCUGGUCUCGGAGGUAGCCUGCUUCCUUUCACACAUCAUUUAUUUACUUGCUGCUUCUUAUAUAAACGCCAAAAAAGAAAAGCCUCUGGCGGCCUGGCGGCCUUUUUUUAAGACAGGACGUGCGAAGGCUUCCUGAAGGGAAAGAUUGUGUAACUGCUGCUGUGACGGCCGUCAAAUGGUAGAGUUUAUUUUUAGGGCUGUGAUGUGGCUAGCGUCCCUGACCUUAGCCGCCGCGCUGGAAAACUUCCACUGAGCCACCCCGCCUCCAAGCAUGCUGCGCUAAUCUUCACUGCUGGCAGGAUGCACACACACUCCUGACACUCAAAAUGUAUGCCCAUCAUCUGCAGUCUGCAGAUUCUCUUUUAUGUGUGUUCGAAACUACCCAAAGGUCCAGCAGCUAGCAUGUAACGCUACAAAUUAUUACAUUAUUACAUAUUAUCAUGAAUGUAUCUGUUACUCAAUGUCACAACAUGGAUAUAAAACCUGGUUGGAGGUUUUUUGGAUGGCUUUAUACUUCAAGACCCAUGACGGUCUUUGUUAGCUUCCUCAUGCUAACUGUUCAUUUCUCUUUAGAAUCCACAGAAAAGGAUUGUGAAUGAUGGGAAAAAAAAAACAAACAAAAAAAACUGCAGUUUCCUUAACUUUAACCGACAUCAAAGACGUAGUAUUUCUUGAAUUCAAUAGUAUUUCGCACAAAACGUCGGCACUUAGAACUUUCUUUGACUCCAUUUUGGGUUAUUUUGCAGCCGUGAUCCAAAGAAAAGUAGAAACUUUUGAUGAUAAACUCUAUAAAACUAUAAUUGUAAAAAUAUAAAAACAUGUUUUAGCAUUCUGGAAUGUGUUAAUUGGAUUUAUAUUAUUUCUAAAGCUGACUCGGUUAGAGUACAUGUGGAACUGAUUAUUGACGCUAACCAAGGUUCCGCUGUUUCUUAAACAAAAAUUGCUGAAUUUGCAAUUUUGACACUCAAAAUGUAUGCCCAUCAUCUGCAGUGUUGAGAUUUUCUUUUCUGUGUGUUCGAAACUACCGAAAUGUAACGCUACCCGCUGCAUUUGACUGUCCAGCAGCUAGCACGUAACGCUAAAAAUGAUAAAAAUACUGUAAGUAUUACAUAUUAUCAUGAAUGUAUCUGUUACUCAAUGUCACAACAUGGAUAUAAAACCUGGUUGGAGGUUUUUUGGAUGGCUUUAUACUUCAAAUAGGUGUGUCCCGUGACGUGCUUUGUUAGCUUUCUCAUGCUAACUGUUCAUUUCUCUUUAGAAUCCACAGAAAAGGAUUGUGAAUGAAUGCAAAAAAAAACCCAAAAACUGCAGUUUCCUUAACUUUAACCGACAUCAAAGACGUAGUAUUUUUUUAAUUCAAUAGUGUUUCGCACUUUCUUCAUCAAAAUUUCGUCACUUUGACUCCAUUUUGGGUUAUUUUGCAGCCGUGAUCCAAAGAAAAGUAGAAACUUUUUGAUGAGAAACUCUAUAAAACUAUUAUUGUAAAAUUAUAAAAACAUGUUUUAGCAUUCUGGAAUGUGUUAAUUGGAUUUAUAUUAUUUCUAAACCUGACUCGGUUAGAGUACAUGUGGAACUGAUUAUUACGCUAACCAAGGUUCCGCUGUUUUCUUAAACAAAAAUUGCUGAAUUUGCAUAUUUUAUGAUGUAUUUCCUUAAAAUACACUUCAUAUAUUUUAUAUAUGGAGGAAGAGACGAUGAAAACAGACAAGAAUGGACAUGGCAAUGUAUUGAGCCCAGCAAAAUGAUCAAAUUUGUUGUCAUUUAUAGUGUGAUUAAGUAAUUAGUUAUCAGUUAAUUAAUCUAUUAGAGUCCUUACAAGAAUCUUUUUUCUGAACAAUGUUUUAAUCUUGCGACAUAUUGUGGCACACCCCUAAUUUUCAAUACUAAUUUCAAAAAGCCAUAAACCAUAAGGGUUGCACGGUGUGCGAGUGAUUAGCGCGCAGGCCUCACAGCUAGGACACCCGGGUUCAAUUCCACCCUCGGCCAACUCUGUGUGGAGUUUGCAUGCGUGGGUUUUUUUCCGGGUACUCCGGUUUCCUCCCACAUUCCAAAAACAUGCU